AUGGCAGAAACAACCCACAAACGGUCUCUAAACAACAAGAGACCCAAUGAAUCGGAGAACAUCGACAGGCCAAGAAAACGAGUAACAGAGAUCGUGUUAUACGACGACGCUGUCGAAAAGAUUUACGAUGUCCAAGUGUUGUUACCCAACCGUACGAGUUUGGGGCUAAAGUUUCGUGAACAUGACAAUGGGAUGCCUAUUGAAAAGUUCACUGAUAUAGUGAGAGUCGAGUACUUCAGGGCCAUGAAACAGACACAGUCUCAGAAGAGAAAGAUUAAUUGGAAAAGCAAAGAUCUACAUUUUGUGGAUAAAUAUGAGAAUGUGAUUAAGAAAAGAGUUGAUUUUGAGAAAUUCAAGUCGAAUAACAGCUACAUAAGGCUUCAUGAUGGGUUGGGCGAAGCUGAACUUUAUGAGAACAUGUGGGAUUUGACCCCGGAUACAGAGUUGCUAAUGGAGCUUCCUGAAGAGUACACCUUUGAGACAGCCCUCGCCGACUUAAUUGAUAAUUCCUUGCAAGCAAUAUGGUCUAAUGGUGUUAAUGAGAGGAGAUUAAUUAGUGUGGAAAUGUUAGAGGACAGGAUUUCAAUUUUUGAUACUGGCCCUGGGAUGGAUAAUACCGACGAAAACUCUAUAGUGAAGUGGGGAAAAAUGGGAGCCUCUCUUCAUAGGUCAUCUAGAGGACAAGCAAUAGGGGGCAAUCCUCCCUACUUACUGCCAGCCUUUGGAAUGUUUGGAUAUGGGGGACCUAUAGCAUCUAUGCAUUUAGGCGGGCAUGCUUUGGUUUCUUCAAAGUCAAAAGAAUCGGAGAAGGUCUAUAUCUUGCGCCUUGAGAGAGAGACACUACUAAGCAAUUCUGGAUCGGAAAAGACAUGGAAGACCGAUGGUGGAGUAAGAAAUCCUUUUGAUGAUGAAAUUCAGAAAUCACCACAGGGUACCUUCACAAUGGUUGAGAUUUUUGAGCCUAAAAUGAAAAGCUUGGACAUAUUGCAACUCCAGAGCAAAUUGAAGGACAUCUAUUUUCCUUACAUUCAGUGUGAUGAAGUUUCCAGUACCGGCAAAACUAUUAGGCCGAUUGAGUUUCAGGUCAAUGGUAUUGAUUUAGCAGAACUAAAUGGUGGGGAAGUUGCUAUCACUAACUUGCAUUCAUGUAACGGUCCAGAGUUUGUUCUACAACUUCAUUUUAACUUCAACAAGGACAUUGUGGCAUCAAAUAUUUCUAAUACCUAAAUAUCUUCAGGUUUGAGAGCACCUUUAGAAGCAAAUGCAAAGCUAAAAUGUGUUUAUUUUCCAAUUGUUGAGGGUAAAGAGAGUAUUGAUAGAAUUUUAGAGAAGUUAAAGGCAGAAGGAUGUGAAAUUAAUGAAACCUUUGAUUCUUUUAGUCGUGUAUCUAUUCGUCGGCUGGGCCGUCUACUGCCUGAUGCUCGCUGGGCAUGGCUACCUUUUAUGGAGCCUAGGCAAAAAAAGGGAGAUAGGGUCCAGAUUUUGAAAAGAUGCUGUUUGAGAGUUAAAUGCUUCAUUGAGACUGAUGGUGGUUUCAAGCCGACUCCCUCAAAGACUGAUUUAGCACAUCACCAUCCUUUUACCACUGCUUUGAAGAACUUAGGCAGCAAGCCUUUUGAGAAUGAGGGAGAGGUAAACCUUCAAAUUUAUAGAGAUAGGAAGCCAUUGACUCUUCCGCAACUCGAGAGGCAAUAUCAGGAGUGGAUUUGUCAGAUGCAUGAUCGUUAUGAUGAGGAAAUCGAGUGUGGUGAAGAUCAACCUCUUCAUAUUAUCAGCCCUCCAAACAAGAAGGGACUAGGGAUUUCUACUGAUGUUGUGAGGGUUCAUAAAGUUAUUCGGAGGAAAGGAACAUCCUGGAAAUCAGGACAGAAAGUCAAAGUUCUCAAAGGAGCAUGUGCUGGAUGCCACAAGAACAAUAUCUAUGCUACAUUAGAAUGUUUUUUGAUUGAAGGAUUCCAAGGGGAUGCUGGUGGGGAAGCUCGGCUUAUUUGCAGGCCACUAGGCCUCUCAGAAAAAAAUGGCUGCAUCAUUGCUGUAAAUGAAGGGAAUCCAUCGAUCGACAUCCGCGGUUCUCUCUCUCUACCUAUUAGUGUGAUUGAUUCUGGAAAGUGUUUGGCUGUUGAAAAUACCGAAUGGAUUUACCAAAUUGAGAAGCAACGGCAGAAAACUCCAUCUACUAUCGACAUAUUAAGUGCAAAAUACUGUCAAGGGUUGGAUAUUGAAGGGGCAUUACCUAAUGAUAAUACAGUUUAUGCUGGACAUGUUCCUCCCAAGGAAAUUGUUGCAAUUAUUCGGCCUGCCUCUUUUGAUAGCAGAAGUGUGUCUAUGAAGUUGGAUCAAAAGUAUAUUGUGAAACAAAACAUUGAGAUGGCUAUAGAAAUAAAAUUUAGAGCUAAAGAGAAGGAUAUUGAAGCUCAACAUAUUUAUUCGGGACGCGUUGCACCUUCAUCCCAUAAAGGUUUUCAUGGGUUAUAUAUAUUUCCGCUGGGAUGCAAGUUCCCUAAGAUAUUUCAAAAGGCUGGUAUCUAUACAUUUUCGUUCUCUCUUAAAGAGAUGAGUAUUAAAACUUCUGAAAAGAGAGUACAGGUUAAGGCAUUGCCUGAAGUUGAGAGGUGGGGACUUCUGAAUGAUGAGCAGAUUCCAGAGUACAGUGUAAGUGUUGGUUCGUGUUUUCCGCCCAUAUCCAUUGCAUGUUUUGAUAAAUACGACAACCACAUUUCUUUCACAUCUGUUCCGGAACUGAUAGUCAAGAUUGAUUCGGAUAGGGGGGUUCUUGCCCAUGUCCACAAAAUGAAGGUGGAUAUUUGUAGAUCAACGUUGAUAUUGAAGCACGUAAUAAUUGAAAGCAAUGAAUUGGACAAGAUUCGGCCUCGUUAUCGAGCUACUUUAGUGAUUUGUCCAGGAGAUGAGUUGUUCUCUGUUUCCAUUCCAUGCGAAGUUUCUCCUGGAUCUUUACAGCGUGUCACAGUCAACUGCCCAAAUUUAGAGAAGCAGUUAUUACCAGGGUGUGUUCUUCAGGAAUUCAUAUUAGAGAUGUUUGAUGUUUAUGGUAACCAUGUCAAAGGAGGCGCUGAAGUUCAAUUAAAUCUGGAUGGGUUCCAAUUGCAAGAUCUAAUAGGUUUUGCUCGUAAGGUAGACGAUCUUGGGCGCAUUGACCUAAGUGGCCUCUUGAAGGUUUCUGCGGGUUUUGGAAGAACAGUGGCCAUUUCCAUUUUAUCAAGUGGUGAAUUGGGGUUCAGGAAAGAAUUUCAAACCGAGAAAAGGGAGCUAAUAGCUUCUUCUAGGGUACCUGAAUCUUGUGCUGUUGGUUCUCAACUGGAAAACAUAGUCUUUGAAGUUAUAAACUCUGAGGGGGAUGUGGAUGAAACAUUCCAUGAUGAAGAAAAAUAUGGCCAAUCACAUACGCUCACAAUAAAGUCAGAUUCACCAUAUACAGAUGACUAUGUGCGUUACGGUUUCCGGCGGGGGCGCUGUGUUGUUCGUGCUAUUCCCCUACCUCAAGAGGAAGGAAUCUUCUGCUUUGAAGUUUCUCACUCUCGUCACCCGGAGCUCCAUCUGACUAUCGAGGUGCACGUUGAUCAAGCUAAAGAAGUGGAGCUAGAAAGUAUCCAACCUCAUUUUUCAGAUGGAAAGAUCUUGCUCCUCCCGGACCCAUCAACUCUUGCGGUUCCAAAAGUGGAGAGUGAUGACGUGCCCCUUCAAUGCUCAGAUGGAAAUAUGUUGCUCCCUCACAACUCAUUUAUUUCUGAGGAUGUAGGAAACUUGAUGGGAUCCAUAAUGAAGGAUCAAAAGGAGCUUGAGGACAAUGUUUUCGAAUACGGCUUAUAUGUCGGACAUCAUGAAGAGUCACUAAAGAUGCUCAAUGAUCAACUGGAGGCAAUCAAGAAAGACAUUUCUAUGUUGCAAGAUUCUAUGGAUCAUGAUUUAGAUAACCAUUUGGACUACUUUCUGGAGAAAGAGGUAAUGAUGAAACAGAUUGAAAGCAAAACAGACUCCGCUGCUGCUGUUGUCUGCAGUCUCUUCAGAAGAAGUCCAUCCCAAGAGCAACAUAAUCAGUUAACGGAGUGUAUACUUGGUGUGGUUGCACUUCUUGGAACUGUUAAAACCAAUGAGCUUAGUAGGAUAUUGGCAGACUAUCUGGGGAAGGAUCAAAUGCUUGCCAUUGUGUGCAAAUCCUAUGCAGUUGCUAGAGAUCUCGAAAAGUAUGAAGAAAAUGGAAUUGUGAACCGUGCGCAUGCUCUCUAUGCAGCAGCAGCUGAAGUCGGAAAAUCUAUAGAUGGCCGAUAUCUUGUUAUUUGUCUUGAGGAUAUAAGGCCUUAUACAGGGGAAUUGGGCACUGAUUCCCAGAAGAAGCUUGCUAUUCCAGAUCCUACCUUACCAACUGGAAAGACUCCACCAGGUUAUUUGGGAUAUGCAGUUAAUAUGAUAAACUUAGAGGUCCAUCAUUUAGACACAAAAGCAGCGGCAGGCCAUGGCCUUCGGCAGACCUUAUUCUACCGUCUUUUUGGUGAGCUUCAGGUUUAUGAAACUAGAGGAGACAUGAAAAGGGCAAUUGCCUAUAUAAAACAUGCUGCAGUUUCUCUGGAUGGGGGGAUUAUGAGAGGAGAUGGGGUUAUUUCUCUUGGAUAUGGGGAACCAGAUAUUCGUUUUCCAGUUAUUGCAUCUGAAAGUCUAGUGUAUUCUAACCCACAGAGCGUGGAAAUCCUGAAGCAGAUUGAAGAGAAGGAAGAGGACAUGAGAAAGACGGUCACUGAAAUAGAGAAAGCGACAAGAAACCAUAGGAAAGUCAUGAAAAGGUUCAACAAGAAACGAGAUAGAUACAAGAAGUUCUUAGAUGAGAAGGGUCCUUUUCUGGGUAGCUGGGGAUUGUCGGUUUAGCAUUAUCCGCAUUAUGACCCUCCUUGCCGAAACAACUUCUUGACCUGGUUGUGGAGAAAAUCUCUGGAAAGUCAAUUUUGCAUAUGGUUAUGGCAUAUUCUUUUGCAUAUUUAAAUAAUUUACAGUGGGAAGUGUUUAUAGACACACUCGUUGGCUAGAAAAGGAAAAGAGUACUAUAUAGACAAAAAUGGCUGCUUACAUGAUCACUUGCAGGAACCUCUGACAUGUGCAUAAUGAGAAGUCCUACAUAGUGACACACAGACAUAUCACAGCUACCCAUACCCAUUGUCUUUUUGUAAAUUGUUUAUUGAAUGCUGAAAUAUCAGUAUAUUUUUGCUGCGGAAGAUGCUAAAUUACUAGUUAAUUACACCGAGUUGGUUACAUAGUAAUAACUAAAAUAGCAUGAUAAACUGUGACGAUAAAUUUCAAAUGUUUAUGGAGUGGUGAUUUGAAUAUUGCUUUGUCAAUCUGCUAUAUCAAUGUCCAUGUUCAGAAUUUUUGUCAGACCAGAUGUAUAUAUAUAUAUAUAUAACAGACCUGUUCACUCUUAUCAGUAGUACAAUUAAUGAUCAA